AUGAUAUGUAUUCAACAACUUGAAGCAGCUGAUCCAUGCCAAACAACAGCUCAUAUAGACGAUUGGCAACGAUCUGUAGCAUUUGCAAUUGAUACUACACAGAUAUGUGAUAAUGUUCUAGCAGAUGGAUGGUAUAGAGUUACAAGUAACGCAGGAGAGCUGAUGCCAACGCAAUGUCCAAUAGGUGGAUUAAGAUGCAAUACAGCGAAACCAAUAUAUCUUUAUGUUGAUGAUUUACCUGCUGGUGAAGAGCCAUAUCCUUCAGUUGGAGUAACAGUUAAUAGAACAGCAUAUGCCUCAAACUAUGAUGGGAAUUGUAAACACACAGAAUACGACAUCCAAAUUAAAAACUGUGAUGGCUAUUUUGUGUAUUUCCUCACAAGUAUAACAGGUGGAUGUACAUCAGCUUACUGUUUUGGUGACCAACUUCCAUGCACAAACGGCACAACGUCAGCGAACGGAUUUACACCAGAUUGUGAAAUAUUUCCCAACGUAACGGUUACACCGUAUGUUAAAGUCACCCUCACAGAAAGAGAGGCUAUCAAUGAAUUUAAAGUACUUAUGGUCUACAGUAAUGCAACUUUUGAAUGCCAUGCGGACGAUUUACAAGAUGGAUAUACCUACACAACCCGAUGGUAUGUAAAUGACAUUGAGAUGAAGAACGCCAAAUUACAAGAUUUGUCAAAAACAGACUUAGAGGCUGGUUUAGGUCGUAUGCUAGAAGAACACUGGGCAUCGAUAUAUAAACCUAAUAUGUUAGUUAAGUGUGCUUUACAAGUAGGAGGAGGUAACUUUACAGUCUAUGGUCCACAACAUAAGUCUCCAGUCUUUUUUGCAGGGUUAAAGAUUGCUGCAGCCUCAGCGACCAAUUAUCAAGUCAAAGAAGGGGAAGAGCUUCAAAUUCCAGCUAGUUUGACGAUGCCACUGUCAUGUGCUUGGCCAAAAUAUGCACCUGAACACCAAAUAGCGUCUAUCAAAAAAGACGACUGUCUCUUAGUUCUUUUAAAUGGAGUUCCUGAUUACCAAACCAAGGGAUGUACAAAUGGAAUCACAAAAGACGGCCUUGUAUUUACAACAGAUUAUUGUGGUAUAAAGUUUGCUCAUAGUAAUUGGCAGGAUCCACAACUGAUCAACAUAACAGGACAAAUAGACCAAUUGGCAAAUAUUGAAGAUAGGUUAAUCAAUUUAAGGCUUUAUAACGCAGAUACAGUAGCAGCAAAAGGCUCAUUAAGUUACUGGAGAAAUUAUCAUACAACAGAUAUAAAGAUCUAUGUAAUAGACAAAGACGUUAGCACAUUAGGCCAAAGUUGUUUUUCAAACAAUGAUCCGCACAUGAGGACAUUUGAUCAACAAACAUACGAGCUACAACUUGACGAAAUGUUAGCAGGUGAAUACAUAAUGUACAAACAUUUGCGACUUCCGCUUCAGGUCAGUGCGUACUUUCAGUCAUGUUAUACUAAUGUUCUCUGUAAUUGUGGAGUAGCUGUGCGCAGCGGAGACAGCUUAUUUGUUGCAAACUACUGUGAGACAAAGUACAACGGAAUAAAUAAAGUUAACCGGUAUAUGAAACAAAGACUAUGUGACGACCAAAGCUUGAUAGUUACAAAAACAAGCUCAUCAUAUACGAUCACUCUUCCAACUGGAACAAAGCUUACUUUUAAUUAUGGCUCUACCUAUAUAGAUGGCAUUAACAUAACACCAUCUGUAAUAGAUACCAAUAUGACAAAAGGGCUGUGUGGUAUCUACAAUGGUAAUACGGAAGACGAUUAUACGCCCAGAGAUCAGUUAGACUCAACCGACCUCAAGACUUUUGUUUUAUCGUGGCAUGUCAAUAGUACAUAUCCAGACGAAACUUUAUUUCAUCCUAACGGGACAUUAAAGGAAACAGAAUAUUACGGUCAGCAAUAUUGUACCUGUGUGACACCUAAUAACACUUAUCCCCAUGGUGACCCAGAUUUCGACUGUGAAUUAACAUCUGCGAUGAGACCAUGCAGGAACACAAAAACUACACUAGGAGUUUAUACUGCCGAUUGUGCUACAGUUGCAAAUCGAAAAAAAAGAGAUGUAUCAGGUUAUGAACAUGAUGACUUAGAACCACCAUCUUAUCCAAUGGAAUCUGACGAGUCUCCGUUAAUGAACAUUACAAAAGUAUGGCACAAUGGCUGGACAGAGGAUUCUGCACGACAACAUUGUACAUACCAUUUUCAAAAUGCAGCAGCUUACAAUGCAUGCUCUGUAUAUGUUCCUUAUGUGGAAUCAGAUCCAUUCAUCUCUGGAUGUGUUUUGGACAUUAAGUCCACAGGAGGAGAUAGCUGGUUGAAGGUUGCAAUCAAAAAUUUUGCAAGUGCAUGCCGUCAGGAAUCAAAACGUCUUGAAAUUCUGACGGUUAACAAUAGCACUAAUUCAACAGGUGUCGAUAAACCAAUAUCAGCUAUCAUUGAGGAGUCGACGUGUCCAGACAACUGCUCGAACCACGGACUUUGUGUUAAUGAAGAAUGUCAAUGCAUUGACGGUUAUUAUGGGGAAUUGUGUUCCUUCACGGCGUUCCAAGCACCGACAGUUAUCUUUGAUGCAUUUGAAGGUUUAUGUGACUCGUCAAAAAAGCCAUGCCGUACAUUUAUCAUUCCUGGAUAUGAUUUUAUCAACGGAUCAAGUCUGACGUGCAAAUAUACUGCCAUAAUUCUUAAAAAGAACGAUACGAGUACAUUACUAGAGGAGGAAAAUACAUUUACCCAUUCAGGAGUAUAUGGUAGCUCACAGUAUAUGUAUUGUAAGCUACCUGGAUCAAGAAAGAAACGAUCGACUGGUUUUGAAACUGUCGCCACUGGAUACCGUAUUUCAGUUUCAAAUAACGGACAAAAUUAUACAGAUCCUGUAACAACAAUAGUCUACGACUCAACGUGCUAUGAAUGUGAUACAACAUCUAUGUCCUGUGAUUUAUUGGAAACAUGUCCUGUUAAAUCUGAAGAGCCUUCAGAAGAAUCAAAGACUAAAGUUUGGUUAAUAGUUCUGAUAAUAGCGCCUGUAAUCAUCAUAUUAAUUGUUAUUGCUGUAAUCUUCUUCAAAUGGAAAGUAAAACCCAAGCAAUCUUAUGUGAGAGACGCAUCGUUUAUAAGCAUGCCAGACACAUCACGACAGAGUGCGGCAAGGCGUCAAUUCCUUGCAGAUGAACAUAUACCUUUUAAAUUUAUAGAUAAUUAAGGACUUUAAGACAUUGUUAAUCAUUUUUUUUUAUACAAUUGCCUACUCCGUGAUGGAUACAAGCUUAAUGUUUAUGUUCUUCGAUAUACUGAUAUUUGUAUAUUCUCAUUCUAUUAAUCCGUUGUUGUGAA